AUGGACCAUUUACUCAAGGGUCUAUUUCGCACACUUGAAGUCUUCAACUUCAUGGAUUGGGCCUUAGGAGCUCUAGCAAAAAGAGCGCAAGAUCCGGAGUUCGUGACUAUGGAGCAAAAUGGAGAGGAAGUGAGCAUUUUCAUCUGUGAUUCAAAGGAUGGUAAUACCACACAUCUAGACGUUGCUAAAAGUGCCAUAAAGCGUUUAAAAACCUUGAGACAUCCCUGCAUUCUCACCUAUGUUGACAGUUUAGAGAGCGAUAAAUUAGUAUAUUUAGUAACAGAGCCAGUCACACCUUUUGUUAUCAUGGCUUAUCAAAAGAAAGUAAUUCUUAACCAGGCUCAGCGUAGUACUGCUCUUUCUUGGGGCUUGUUUCAAGUAACGAAAGGUCUAAGUUUUUUGAACAAUGAUGGCAAAUUAAUCCACUACAAGUGUGGAAGUAGUGUAUUUGUGACACCUGGUGGAGAAUGGAAAUUAGGUGGGGUAGAAUAUGCAAAUCCUGAUUCAUCGGUCUUCCCGGUAAAAAUUUUACCUCAAACUCGAUGUCUACAUCCACCCGAGACUGAUCCUUCGAGAAUGCGUACAACAACAAAGUGGGCAGCAGAUAUGUGGGGUCUUGGUUGUCUCAUAUGGGAAGCUUUUAAUGGCUUGCUUGAUCAGAGCUUUUCUCUUAAAACUACAUCAAAGAUACCGAAAACCUUGGUAGGAACAUACACACAAUUGGUUGGUGCAAAUCCGGCAGCCCGUCCUAACCCACAAACUGUAGUUGACAAUCUGAGGCAACCGGGAAACUAUUUUCACAAUGACCUGAUUGAGACGCUACUGUUUCUAGAAGAAAUUCAAAUUAAGGAUGCCACUGAGAAACAGAAGUAG